AUGGAGAGAAUAGCAGUCAGUCAGGGGAGUUCCAGCACUGUUACAGUGUACAAGGCUUCUUCAUCGUAUCCAAUAACUGCCCCGUCUCCUCUAGUUGGCCUGCCUGAAUUCUCUCACUUGGGUUGGGGCCACUGGUUUACAUUAAGGGACCUUGAGGUGGCAGUGGGAAAGAAAAAACAGAGGGAGAAGAAGAGGACAGGGAGAAGAGAUGGAGAGCAAAGGGUGGAGAGCGAGGGCAGAGGGGGAGAGAGAUGA